UACUUUACACUUUCCAUUUCUAAAGAUGGAGCAAGAAAUGGAGAAGGGAAAGGAAAGUGAAGAAAAAUGGGUGCAUGAUACUUCUGUGGACUAUAAAGGAAGAGUUCCUCUCCGUGCUUCCACGGGUGUAUGGAAAGCCUCCCUCUUUGUCCUCGCAAUUGAAUUUAGUGAAAGAUUGAGCUACUUUGGAAUAGCCAACAAUCUCAUCUCGUACCUUACAAAAGUGAUGCAUGAAGACCUCAAAACUGCAGCCAAGAAUGUAAACUACUGGUCAGGAACGACAACUCUAAUGCCUCUGGUGGGGGGAUUUAUCGCCGAUGCUUACACUGGUCGAUUUUAUAUGGUUCUGUUCUCCGCUUUUGUAUACCUCAUGGGAUUAAGCCUGUUGACGAUGUCUCAAUUCAUCCCAAGUAUAAAGGCUUGCAACACUAGUAUAUGCCAACAACCAAGGAAGGUUCAUGAAGUGAUUUUCUACCUUUCCCUUUACUGUAUCGCCUUAGGCACAGGAGGAUACAAACCAUGCUUGGAAAGCUUUGGAGCUGACCAAUUUGAUGACGAUCACUUGGAAGAAAGGAAGCAGAAGAUGUCUUUCUUCAACUGGUGGUUCUUUGGACUGUGCUUUGCAUUGCUACUUGGUGCAACAGUGAUUGUUUAUGUUCAAGACUUUGUCAGCUGGGGAGUUGCUUGCCUAGCCAUUGCUAUUAUUAUGGCUAUCACUAUCAUAGCUUUCUGUAUGGGAAAAUCAUUUUACAGGUACAGAAGGCCAGAAGGAAACCCUUUAACACCAAUUUUACAAGUCUUAGUUGCAUCAGUAAGGAAAAGAAAUUUGUCUUGUCCUUCAAAUCCUGCUUUAUUGUAUGAGGUCCCAGAGUCAGAAAGAUCCCAAGGAAGGCUUCUAAAACACACUAGCAGGCUCAGGUUUCUUGACAAGGCUGCAAUAAUUGAGGAGAAAAAUGGUGAGCGGAAGGAGAGUCCAUGGAGAUUAGCAACAGUGACAAAAGUCGAAGAAACAAAACUCGUUCUAAAUUUAGUUCCCAUAUGGUUAACAUCAUUGACAGUUGGAGUAUGUGUGGCUCAAGGCACAACAUUGUUUGUGAAACAAGCAGCUGUUACGAACCUAAAGAUAAGUAAGAACUUCAAAAUCCCAGCAGCUUCCAUGGCCUCUGUUUCAGCGGCUGGCACCAUAAUUGCUGUCCCAAUAUAUGAUAGGAUUAUCGUUCCAAUUCUGAGGAAAGUGACUGGUAACGAAAGAGGCAUCAGCAUCCUUAAGAGGAUCAGCAUCGGCAUGACAUUAUCUGUUAUGCUCAUGGUUGUUGCAGCCUUAGUAGAAGCAAAGAGACUAAGAAUGUAUACUAACCACCAUACAAUGAGCGUUUUUUGGUUGAUACCCCAAUACUUAAUCCUUGGGGUUGGAGAUUCAUUUUGCCUAGUGGGUUUGCAAGAGUACUUCUAUGACGAAGUUCCUGACUCAAUGAGAAGCUUAGGAAUGGCUUUGUAUCUGAGUGUGCUUGGAGUAGGAUUCUUCUUAAGCAGUUUUCUAAUAAUCAUGGUGGACCAUCUGACAGGGAAGAAUGGUAAGAGUUGGAUAGGGAAGGACAUAAAUUCAAGUCGUCUAGAUAGGUUUUAUUGGAUGUUGGCUAUCAUAAACGCUUUUGUUUUGUGUUUGUUCAUCUUGGUCACAAAAAGGUACACUUACAAAGCUGUACAGAGGAGAGGCAUGGACACCGAUUGUCAUAAGAUUGAUGAGGUGGAGAUGGUGGGUUGAUGAGAGUAUUAAGGGUUCAACCAUCCCGCUACACAUCUUCAGCUGAACCAAAUCUUUAAUGUAUUGUUUUCAAUUAUAUUUACUGGCUUUGAAUUUGUUAAGCUAUUGUAAAGAAUGUAAUUUUACAGUCGUUCAACGUCUUGAUUCUAAGUUUUUAUGUUCACC